AUGCGGAAGCUUCGCUACCCGCUCGACAAUCUGCUGAAGGCUGAAGCGAAGUUCCAAUGGACCCCGGAGUGCCAGAAAGCGUUCGAGCACUUCAAGAAGAUUCUCUCCUCGGAUCUGCUGCUCACUCACUACGAUCCGAAGCGGGAGAUCAUCGUUUCUGCCGACGCGUCAUCCGUUGGGCUUGGGGCAACCAUCAGCCACAAGUUCCCCGACGGCACCAUCAAGGUCGUGCAGCACGCAUCAAGGGCACUCACGAAGGCAGAGCAGGGCUACAGCCAGCCGGACCGCGAGGGUUUGGCCAUUAUUUUCGCCGUAACGAAGUUUCACAAGAUGCUCUUCGGACGGCACUUCCGGCUGCAAACCGACCACCAGCCACUGCUCCGGAUCUUCGGCUCCAAGAAGGGAAUACCGGUCUACACGGCAAACCGGUUGCAACGUUUCGCCCUUCAUUUGCUUCUCUACGAUUUCGAGAUUGAGUACGUGCCCACCCACAAGUUCGGCAAUGCGGACCUGCUUUCCCGGUUGAUCAACCAGCACGUCAAACCCGAAGAGGACUACGUCUUCGCGAGCCUCAACCUGGAAGAGGAUCUCAGAGCCGUGGCGCAAAGCACCCAAGCAGACCCGCUGCUCCGGAAAGUCUACCACCACAUCCAACACGGUUGGCCCGAAUCCAAACUCUCGGGUUCCGACAUCCUACGGUUCCAAGCACGCAAGGAAUCGCUCUCGGUGGUAGAUGGGUGCAUCAUGUUUGCCGAACGGCUCAUCAUCCCGUCGCUGCUCCGCAAGCGAUGCCUCGAACAGCUUCAUCGUGGUCAUCCCGGCAUGCAGCGUAUGAAAGCCCUCGCCCGAAGCUACGUGUACUGGCCCAACUUGGAUGCCGACAUCGUCAAUUUCGUCAAGGCAUGCCAACAGUGUGCGUCCGUAGCCAGAUCGCCUCCUCACUCUCCACCGGUGCCGUGGCCCAAGCCGACAGCUCCCUGGCAGCGCGUCCACGUCGACUACGCCGGCCCGAUCGAAGGCGAGUACUAUUUGAUCGCUGUCGACGCCUUCUCCAAGUGGCCAGAGAUCAUCCAAACGACCCGAAUCACCUCAGCGGUGACGAUUACCAUUCUCCGUGGGUUGUUUGCUCGGCUGGGUAUGCCCGUAACACUAGUCAGCGACAACGGUACCCAGUUCACGAGCACCGAGUUCGCCGAUUUCUGCGCCUCCAACGGCAUCGAGCACCUCACGACGGCCCCGUUCCAUCCACAGUCGAAUGGCCAAGCGGAGCGAUUCGUGGACGCCUUCAAGCGGGCCGUGAAGAAGAUUCGAGAGGAGAGAGGAUCGAUACAGCAAGCACUGGACGUCUUCUUGCUGACGUACCGAAGCACGCCCAACCGGGCGCUACCUGACCAGAAGUCGCCUUCUGAGGUCAUGUACAAACUGGGCAAAUAA